CCUACAUCACAUCGAGCAGUUUAUGACCACACCUCUUCAGUCCUCCUCCUCCUACCUUGAGCCGAUGAAGAGUGAAGCACGCGCACAGACAACUUAGAGAUCGACUAUAUCCUGAUUGAUGAUGAGGAUUUGGGUGCCAUCAGCAAGGGAGGAAUUUUAUAAGUUGGUAGAUGCAGAUCUAAGGGGAUUUAAUAUGUACUCUUUGUCGGAACGCACUGAAUAUGCCACUUCGUUGAUUAUUAUGGGUUCUUGCUAAACUUCAAAAGGCUUAUACUUUUUUUCUACUAUGUAUCGUGUGUCCUAUAUGUUCUUCACAGCGACCUCUGUAUUCGUUCUGAAGUCCUCAGUAAAGUUUGUUCUCUACCAUUAUUGUUUCACUGUUUUCUGAUAACUAUCUUGCAUUUGUCACAACACCCUUACUAUCUAACACUAUUUGAGCCGGAGGUUUCUUGGAAACGGUCUCUCUACUUCAUAAUAGGGCCCAGGGGUAAGAUCUGCAUACACACAUCCUCCUCACACCCUACAUUUGUCGAAUUCUAUUGGGUUUGUUGUUCUUCUUGUUACUGUCUUCAUGAUCUUCAACGGCCAAACCCUCACAAAAAGAAGCUUUUAUCAUUUUGUCUCAUCUGUUCUGCCUGUUUUUUAUCAAAUUGCCGUUUCAAACUAUUUUAAGCCUUUUUCCACUUUGCACGCUGGGCUGGAAGCAGAUUCUGAUCUCGCAUUCUUAUUUGCUAAAAUAUCUCCUGGGAGCAGUGAGGAUGAGGUUUUCCUGUCUCUUCAAUCCAAUCCAGCUUGUGAGACCAUCCGGCUUACUCACAAACUAGUAGGGAAUUUGCUUCACUGUUUCAAAGAUGACUGGAAAUCGGCAUUGGGUGCUUUCAGAUGGGCAGAGUCACACCCUGGGUACACACCCUUGCCAGAAUUCUACGACGAAGUGGUGGACAUACUUGGGAAAAUGAAGAAGAUGGAUAGGAUGUGUACAUUUUUAGACGAAAUGUGUCAUAACCAGCAGACAGUUACUCUGAGCACCAUAGCAAAAGUCAUGAGAAGAUUUGCAGGCGCUGGAAAGUGGAAAGAAGCAGUGAGGAUAUUUGACGAGUUAGGAAAGUACGGGAUUGAGAAGAACACUGAAUCCAUGAAUUUGUUACUUGACACACUCUGCAAGUCAAACAGGACUCUCCAGGCACGUGAAAUCUUCUUGGAGCUCAAGUCACACAUUCCACCAAAUCCAAACACGUUUAACAUUUUCAUUCAUGGCUGGUGCAAAGCUAACUCGGUGGACGAAGCACUUUGGACGAUUCAGGAGAUGAAAGGGUACGGAUUCCACCCGUGUGUUAUCAGCUACUCAACCAUCAUCAGAUCCUAUUGUAACCAGUCCAACUUCCCCAAAGUGUAUGAGCUUCUUGAUGAGAUGAACGCCGAAGGGUGCGAACCAAAUGCUGUGACGUUCACCACAAUCAUUUCUUCUCUGACAAAGCUGGAGAGAUUUGAGGAAGCUCUGGAGGUUCGCGAAAGGAUGAGAUCGGUCGGGUGUAAACCUGACACACUUUUCUAUAAUGCCUUGAUUUAUACGUUGGGCAGGUCGGGCAAAUUAAAAGAGGCUGUUCGUGUUCUCAAAGUUGAGAUGCUGACACACGGUGUGAAACCAAACACUUCGACUUACAACUCUUUGAUUGCUAUGUUUUGCCAUCACAGACAAGAAGCUGAUGCUUUAGAGUGUCUGAGAGAAAUGGAAAGUUCACCAAAUUGUGAACCUGAUGCCCAGACAUACUAUCCUCUGCUGAAGCUGUGCUUUAUAAAUGGGAAGACUGAUGAUUUGUUGCCUGAGUUAAUGGAUGAAAUGGUUAAUAGGCAUCAUCUGAGUCUGGAUCUGUCAGCAUAUUCUCUUUUGAUCCACGGGUUAUGCAGAUCGAAUAAAUGUGAAUGGGCCUAUAGGGUUUUCGAAGAGAUGAUAGCUAAAGAGAUCACACCCAGGUAUCAAACUUGCAAAGUUCUUUUGGAGGAAAUCAAACAGAAAAAUAUGUUUGAUGUUGCCGACAGGGUUGAAGAGUUCAUGAAGAAGAUGAAGUAAUCCUCCCUUGAACAAGUCUUUGUUUUUGGCCUGUAUGGAUUUAAUUAUACAGGGAUGAAGUCUUUGAAAUCUUGGGCUUUCAGAUUCAAAAUUCAAAGUUGAGGAGGCGUCGGAGGUUAUCCCCUUUUGCAUUCCUACUUUGCCCUCUGUAUCAAAUUAUAUGCAGUAUAAUUUAUAUCACACUCUUCAAUGACACGGAGUAGUAAAUAUACGGAUUUGUCUCUAGAAAGACUUGUGUCCAACCCUUCAACUUCAUCUAACUCAAAGCUUCCUUCAUUGCCAUUGCUUUCACUUCCCUUGCACCAAAGUUCCUCGGUUGGCAAUGAGAGAGGGUAGCAAGGAGGUAAUAU